AUGGGAGAAUUGACGGCUCUCCUGACAGAGGGAACAUCACUAGAGCAGAUUCUCCCACCUCAAUCCCUUGUGCAGCCACAUCCGCCGUGCGUAAACGCGGGCGCCCAGUUGGCAGCGUCAGCACCGUCGAACGCGAAUCGCGCCCUCGAUGACUGGGCCGCCCCCCGGGAACAGGGUACUUGCAGAAAGCGCGAACAACAGCGGAGGAAUCUCCUCCCAAGACAAAAAGACCUGUUGGUCGUCCUCGAAAGGCACGACAUUUGGGUGUUUCAUUCAAGCACUGUGGACCCCUAUUUUGCACUCCAGGUUGUUACGGCAGGGCCAUUCAAACAGAAAACACCAACCGAUGGCUCCCCACUACCUCCAGCAACAUGGUCCUCACUUGCACUCCCCCCGAGCGUCUCGAGCACCACGCCAUCUGCCAAUGAAAGCCACUCCGACACUGCAACCCCUCCGCAAGGCCACCAUAACUCACGCAUCCACUCACACAUCCCCGAGCGUACACCGUCUGCUUCGAUAGGGCAACGGCCAGGUCCUGUACCACGCAUUGUGGUGGCACCGAGUCCAGAGACACUGACGCAGUGUAUAAUCCCGGAUGAGGACCCUCAGCAGCUUAUUGAAACUGCUGAAAAGGAUUCCGAUGGUGGUGAUGGCGAUGAAGACGGUGUGGGUGAUGGGUUAGGUGAAGAGGAUGAGGUUCCUGACGAGGAAGACGAGGCAGACGAUGAGGAGGGUGUGGAACAGGAGGGGAACAACGCACCGAGGGUGAAGUCAACGCGCCGACCUCUUCCAAAAUGGUUGCUCGAGCCUUUCAAGGCACGAGUUGCUGAGUCGAGUGCUCCACACCGUGAUGCCAAUGGCCUUCCGCCAUUGUAUUCCCACCACAAGACAUUCUGGUUCCCCCACCCAUCGACCUUUUUCUUCUUACAUCCAUCUUCGACGAGGACAACUCCUCAGGAUCUAUUCGACCCUCGGUUCUUUUUGUGGGACCCCGAUGCACUAUGCCCCAGAGGGAUACCCUGCCCGAAUUGCCACACAGUCCUCCAGCGGCAUCAGGUCAUCUCUCAACCUCGGCGAUGUGUCGAUUUUGAUCACACCUUCUGGAUCAUCGGCUACCGAUAUCAAUGCCAAAAAUGUAUCCACCCCAAGUCUAAAAAGGCAACGGUCACCUUUCGCAGCUGGGACCAGCGUAUUCUGGCCGUUCUCCCCCCUUCCCUUGCUUUGGAGUUUCCGGCGCGCUUGAGCCAUCGAAGCGGCGUGUCAACGAGUCUUUUUUCAUGGAUGCGGUCAUGCUUUAAUUACGGACUGGGUUCAAAACAGUUUUCAGAUACUAUUCGCAUGCAACACAUCUUACGGUACGAAAUGCUCGAACUCCAGUACCUCGAGCAGGUAGCUAGUCGCACAUUGGAUGACUGGUUUCAGUUAAAGUAUGAAGCAUUUCCGCGAUUCGAUGAUCUUGGCCCGCUUGGCCCACAUCUUUAUACACCAUCAGCAGCUCUAUUACGUGACCUCUAUGAUGAUUUCAUUGAUGAACACCGUCCUGAAAUCAAUCAACACACGGCGAUGCUCAGUGCUAAUAUCUGCGCCAUUGAUCACAGUCAUAAGAUUGCGAAACAAACGAUGAGGGUUGGGGGUGAACAACCCUUUACUGCGAUACUAAGUCUCACAAACGAAAAGAAUGAAAUUCGCGCCUGUAAUUUUGUUGCGACCAAGUCCCACUCUCAAUAUGAGUUGGCUCUACGAAAUGUGCAUGACUCGCUUGAUCUCUACGGCCAUCCGCAGCCAUCUCUCAUUUACGCCGACAAUAUUUCUGAUAAGAAGUUUCUUGAAGACUGUUUCCCUUCCCUUCGUGAAGGUGUGACGCCUGUUGAAAAAUAUGGGCAUUUGGAGGAGCUCGUUGUACCUUCUGGUGUCCCAAUCCUCAUCAAAAAUACUUCGGAGGCGAUUAACGAUGCAAUGCGCACCAUUCUUGAUGAUAUUCCUGAAGACGAAGGGUCAAUAAUAAUAGGAUUUGAUUCAGAAUGGAACGUUGAGGUUUCACCACAAGGAAAAGUCACGCGUCGAGGAAGAACAGCCAUCAUCCAAAUUGCAUAUAAAAGCCGUAUUUAUAUUCUUCAGGUUGCUGAUAUGCUGGCCAAUAACGAACUCCCACAGCAGCUCAGGCUCCUCCUCUCCCAUCCCCGUGUUAUCAAAUCUGGCCGUCUUGUGAAUAGUGAUUUGAAAUAUUUGCAAACAGCCUGUAAAUCGCCAAACCCAUUUGUGGGCGGACUUGACCUCGCAAAAUAUGCAAAGGAUCGACGAGUUAUCACCAAUGCGCAAUGCAGCUUAGCUGAUCUAUGUGCUAUCACUUUGGCAAAACGGCUCAACAAAAAUGUUCCAGAACGCGUUAGUCCACCUCAGGCCUGA